UAUUACGGAAACGUCUAUACUGCUUUUCUCCAGUACAGACCCAAGGUGGCUCACAUCAUAUUUAAAAAUAUACAUACAAAUAGUUAAAAACCGAAACCAAACCCCGACAUUUGGAUGACCUACAAUGCCAUGCAAUCCUUCGACUGGGUGAUAUAUCCAUAGACUUUGGCAUGCCCUAGAACACUACGACUCUCCAUGACUGUUGGGCAACCUAGACCAUCAACACACCAUAACACUGUGGCAUUCCUGAACUAAAAGGCAACACUAUACAGCCUUACUGUUGGAUGACCGAGACCAUCACCAUAGCAGAAUGCCAUGGCUAGGAGGCAAUGCUAUUCCCAGACCAUGAAUGCUGAAUGACCUGAAACAUCACCAUAUCAUGACAUCACAGUAUUUCCUGAAGUAGAUGUUAUCCCCAGGCUUUUGAGAUGACUGAGGGAGUCAGAACACAGCAAUGCCUCAUGACUGUUGAACAACCUAGAGCAUCCCCCUACCAGGACGUUAUGGUAUUGCUGAACUAGAUGGCGGCACCCAAACAUCCUGUGAUGGCUAAAUGACCUAGAACAUCAUGACACCCAGUGUUGAUUGGAUAAUCUAGAAUGCAUCAUUGGCUAAAUCAACUACAACAUAUAAUUGGUCAGAUUAACCUGAACACAUUAUUGUUGAAAAACUUAGAACACAUUGCUGGUUGGAUCAACUAGAACACAUUUUUGUUGAACUACCUAGAACACAUGGUUGGUCAGAUUGCAAGGAACAUAUGGUUUGACUACAGUAUUGAGUGGAUGACCUAGAACACAUAUUCGCCUAGAACACAUUUUUGGUUGCCUACAACACAUUUUAUUGAAUUACCUAGGAUACAUCAUUGGUUAGAUGAACUAGAACACAUCAUAGGUUGGAUUAACUGGAACACAUUUUUGAUUGGAUCAACUAAAACACAUUGUUUGUUAGAUGACCUAAUUCAGAUUUUUUGUUGAAUUACCUGGAAUAGAAUGUUAGUUGGAUUGCCUAGAACAUUCUUAACCCGAUUGCCUAGAACACUUUCGUGAUUGGAUUGCCUUGAACACAUUGUUGAUUGGAUUGUCUAGGACACCUUGUUGUUUUGACUACACAGAACACAUUGCCGGUUGGAUGACCUAGAAUCUGCUGCCAGUUGGGCAGCCUGGAACCCGCCAGGGCAUGGGCUUCCUGUCGGCUCUGUCCUUGCGCGACCUGGUCGCCGCAGGGAUCCACGCCUUCCGGGACAGCGACACAUUUGCCGUGGCAGCAACCACCGCGCUGGCUGCCCUGUUUGUGUGGUACUGCUACCGGGUUGGCCGCGAGCAGCAGCAGCGCGCUCGGGCCCGGAACCCAGUUGCAACCCGCCCUGAUGCCCUUCCAGAUGGUUCUGGGCCAUUCUCGAACUCCCGGCUGUACCGGAACCUGCAGGAAUAUGCCAAGCGCUACUCAUGGUCAGGGAUGGGCCGCAUCCACAAGGCCAUCCGGAACAACCCAGCAGCGGCCUUCCGGAACACCCCAUCAAUCCAGAACCCAGGAGUGUUCUUCCUCCAGGACCUUCCCACUUCCCCGUACUUUCCCCGAGAAGCCCAGAAGCAUGAUGUUGAGCUGCUGGAGCGCAACUUCCAGACCAUCCUGGCCGAGUUCGAGGGACUCCCCUAUUUGAAUGACAAUGAAUAUUCGCAUCCUCAUUAUAAUAACCCACCCCCAGGGUGGAAGGUGAAGGCCACGCCCACCGGAGAGCACAUAACUUUCGACCUGGUUUCCCGGGGGUUGGUUGUGGGGCGGAAUUGCCGCCAUUGCCCAAAGACGUACAGGUUGUUGUCGGGGCUGCGGACCUGCAUGGCAACAGGGAACGUCUUUGGGAACGCCCGAUUCAGCGUCCUCCGACCCGGAACCACAACUGAGGAGCGAUACGGGCCCUCCAACAUACGCCUACGCUGCCACCUGGGUCUGAAGACUCCCAGUAAUUGUGAACUGGUGGUUGGCGGGGAACCCCAAUGUUGGGCUCAAGGGAGGUGCCUUCUCUUCGAUGACUCUUUCUUGCAUACCGCCAGACAUGCAGGUCCUGUGGAAGAGGGCCCUCGUGUGGUCUUCCUGGUGGACUUGUGGCACCCCAACGUGGCCGCCGCUGAGAGGCAGGCCCUUGACUUCAUCUUCGCUCCGGGACGGUGAUGGUGAUCAUGAGGAUGAUGAUCACAAUGGCGGUGAAAGAACAAGGAGGAAAAACUGGAAGUCUCAACAAGGAGUCCUGGUGCAAUUGCACAAGAGCCAUCACAUGAGGGUUUCCCGCCGUGUGAACAUUUCCAGAAAUACAACCUACCUGUCACUUUGCUGACAAUGUGCGAGAUAAUGUCUUCACACGAGUGGACGUGGACACAAUCACUCUUGUGCAAGAUAUUAUUGUUAUAUUAUUGUUAGAAGUGUGAUAAGCAGCUUUGCACAAGUGCAACCAAAGUGUGAACCUCACUCUCUUAUUUAUUUAUUUUUGGACCAGCGAGCUGCAAUCAUGUAAAUAACACACUUGAGUCCCACUUGUGCAAAUUAUCCUGAUUUCUUCCGGGGGGAAAAAACACCGUUUGCACAAUCACUGUGCAUGAGUUGGGGGGAAGAAACCCAGCCUUUUUUUGGCUGAUAAGCUCCUUUGCACAGGUGUGCAAUUGUGAACACACACAUACACACCAUUGUGAUUUUUUCCUAAUUGGGAAACUAUUCUGUGAUCUCACAAGUGAAACCGUAUCAAACACGAGUGAUGCGCAAUCCGUGCAGAACGAUUUUUAUGUCAAUCACUGCCUUUGCACAAAGCACACAAAUUAUUAUUAUUAUUGUUAUUAUUUUGCUGUGUGAGACUUUUGUCAGUUUUGCACUUUUACAUGACAGUGUGCACAAUUGCAGUCGUGCAAAUGUGCAUACUCAUAGUGCAAAUUAGUGUUUGUAGAGUGGUGAGAAUCCACCUUUUCCUGGCAUUUUGCACUAGUGCUCCUCAUGCGAAAAUUCUCGCACGAGGGAAGAAAAAAAAGAUAUGUAAUCGUAUUUUGUGCACUUUUGUCCGUUUUUUCCUCGUGCGUUUUGUUCUGGAAAUUUCUGAAAAGAGGGUCGUCUUUUGUCGUCGACGUCUUUGUUAAUUAAGUAUAUAUUUCUCACAAAUAAAACAGGGAUAAAAGACAGGUAAUUAGUGACACUUGUGAACCGACCGAGGGGAAGAUACAAUUGUGAUCUUUUCCUGUGAAAUAAGCGUAUUGUAUUUUUUUAAUAAUAUAUUUAUUAUUAUUUGAAAAUUCAGUUUUAUUGUUGUCUAUGAGCCUCUUUUAGCCUAAUAUUAUUUUGUCUAUUUUAUUAUUACAUGUUAUAAUAUUAUCACAUUUUUUCA